AUGAGCUCUCAAUGGGCCAAAGAAACUGUUCUCACCCGACUGGCUCCCAAUGCUGCUGGUCUGCUGGUUUUUGACGAAAAUUGCAAUGUUCUUGAAGCCUCUGGCGUAGGAAAAGACAGGCUGGAAGAUAUCAUAACCAUCAACCGAAGUGAGCUCGAUAGCGAUGGAUUUGGGUCUCUGGAAGGUCCCAACUUGAAUCUAGCCGUUUACAAACGCGACGGACACACUGUUGUUAUUUACAGCAGGCGUAAUAACUAG